AUGGCUGCCUCUUUCUCUUUUGCUCAUGACUUCCAACAAACAGAUCCGAUGGUCGUGAUGGACACCCUUGUCGACAAGUGCAUUGACAAAACUGUCUUCCAGUCACACCCCUAUGGUUCCCAUGGUGGCGUUUUGAAGUUGGACUGGGAGACUCGAAUGAUAAUAACUCUGGAAGUAGCCAGAGGUCUGGAAUACCUACAUGAACAUGUCAGCCCCCCUCCGAUUCAUAGAGAUUUCAAGAGCAGCAACAUCCUCUUGGACAAGAACUUCCAUUCACACACGUGUGCCGAUCUUGGCGGGACGCUGCGAUCUACCCCGGACUCUGUCCAUCUCACCCUCCUUCAGAACUUCCUGGACCUCUUCAUCAGAGAUGCUGGACCACUCGAUCUCAAGACGCUGAAUUCGAUGUCGAUCCACGUGUUGGAACGUAGCGGAACGAGGGCAAGGUCGAUUUGCAUCGAUUCGAUUGCCAGUGACCAGAUGAUCGACACGAUCGCCGCCAGGUCCCCAUCAAUCGAAUCCCUCUCUCUCCGCAACUGUUACAGCAUAUCGAGCAUCAAGUUCAGCAAGCUGAUCCUGACUUGCAAGAACUUGAAAUUCAUUGACAUCAGCUCAUGCAACAUCACAACCGCAAAAACAAUUGAAGAAAUCGGCGAAAACUGUCGAAGCAUAGUGGGCCUCAAUUUGGCUCAUUUGCAAGUGACUGAAGAAAUGUUGAUAGCUAUCGGAAAAUUCAUGCCAAAGCUCAAGUGGCUCAAUCUUAAUAACACACCGAUCACGAACAAUAGCUUAUGUAGCAUUCUACAUUCUUGCAAUGAAUUGCAAUACUUAAGUGCCAUGUGGUGCCCGCGGCUCGACCUAAACAAGGAGAUCAUGGACAUGGCCAUCAAUAUUGCCGAGUUCAAAUGCGACCAAACGCUCGAUGAUCACUUUGAAUUCAACGUUUCAUAUCUUGAUAAAUGGCUUCUUCAUUGGUUUCCUAAGUCAUGUAUGUUUUUUCUUACGGAUUUAUACAACAUAUAACACAUGUACUAUACAUCUACUUUCUCUGUUUGAUGGUACAAAAUGUUCUAUGCAUGAAGAGAAAUCUCGAUCUCGGCAAGUUCUUGGAAGAUUUUCAUAUUUUUGAGGUUUU